GUGAAUUCACUCAAAAACUUGCUGAGAAACUAGAGGAGCAGAACUUGUUGAGAUGAUCAGACUGGAGCUCCCGCUCCUCCGCAGCACAUCAUAUCAUCAUCCAGAUCCGUUCAGCAGAGCCUCACGAUGAUGCUGAGCGUUUUACUCGCUCUGAUUGUGUUUACCGGCUCAGUUCAGGCGGAUAAACGCACGGUGGAGAUGAAGGUGAGCCUGAUGGAGUUAUCAUCAUCAUCAUCACCCUCCUCAUCGCUGGAGCUGAACGCCUCCGCAACGCGUCGCGGUGAUGAAGAUGAUGAAGAUGCGCGCUCGCCGAGAGUUCCGCGCGGCUCCAAACACAAGCAGCGCGAGCGGAACGCGCACCGACACCCGCGACCUCAUCCCGAUCCCGACGUGUUCUUCACCACUCCGCGAACCUUCAACGGUUCGCUACGCGUUCACAACCCGCUGUACCCGCUCACGGACGAGUCGUACAGCGCCUACGCAGUCAUGCUGCUGGCGCUCAUAGUGUUCUCCGUGGGCAUUGUGGGUAACCUGGCGCUCAUGUGUAUCGUGUGGCAUAAUUAUUACCUGAAAAGCACGUGGAACUGCGCGCUGGCCAGUCUGGCGUUCUGGGACUUCAUGGUCCUGUUCUUCUGCUUGCCGGUGGUGAUCUUCAACGAGCUGACCAAGAGGAGGCUGAUGGGAGAUCUGUCCUGCAGGAUAGUGCCAUAUGUGGAGGUGACAUCUCUCGGAGUGACCACGUUCACUCUGUGUGCGCUCAGCAUUGACCGCUUCCAUGCAGUGACCAGCGUUCCACCGCGGCCACGGCAGGUUGAGUCCUGUCAGUCCAUCCUGGCCAAGCUGUCGGUGAUCUGGGUGGGAUCUCUGCUUCUGGCCACCCCGGAGCUGCUGAUGUGGCAGCUGGAGCAGGCUGUGUCUCCACGGACGGGUCUGCCAGUGGACUCAUGCAGCCAGCAGCCAUCCGUGGCGCUUCCGGAGACACUGUACUCACUCGUGCUGACGUACCAACAGGCCAGAAUGUGGUGGACCUUCGGAUGUUUCUUCUGUCUGCCGCUGUUGUUCACCAGCGCGUGUCAGCUGCUUACAAGACAUGUCACGGACGAGAACGCUAAGAGCAAAGCUGCACGGCCAUCCUCCACAUCGUCUUCGUCUUCCUCCGCAUCCUCGUCUCCAAAGAAACAACGGCGGGAGCGUCAGCUGACCCGUACGGUGGUGGCGUUGGCGUCCAUUUAUGCAAUUUGCAGUUUGCCAGAAAAUGCCUGGAAUAUCGUUUUGGCCUACGCGGGCGUGGAGGUGGGCGUGGCCACACGAGCCCUGCUCGCUCUGAUUGGCCAGUUCCUGUUGUUUGUGCGGGCAGGAGCGACACCUGUCGUGUUGCUGUGUAUCUGUCGCUCUCUAGGCCAGGCAUUUAUGGAUUGCUGCUGCUGCUGUUGCGACGAGUGUCUGCCGGAUCCUUCGUUUUCGUCCACGUCCUCGUCUUCGUCCACCAAUGCCACAGCCGUGUCCUCAUCCCUGUCUUCGCCUGUCUCUGUCCAAGAAGAGAAGUUGAAGAUUGUGUCAGGAACGUCACCCGCGGUGUUCUUCGAUAAAGUGAAGGACGGUCCAGCCGAGCUAAUCAUCGGAACGCCAUGUUGAUUAGCAUCCAUAAAAACUGUGAAUGAAAUAUCGUCCAUCGCUAACACUCUUAAAGGGACAGUUCACACAAAAAUGAUUAUCCUGUUGCCAUUUAAAUGUUUCAAAUCUGUAUGACUUUGUGUAAACACAAAAAAUGUUAUUAAAUUAAAAAUGUUAUAAAAUAAAUACUAUAUUAUGCCGUCACUCACCGCUGGAUGAGGAGAGUUAAAUGCAGAAAUGCAAUUUCCUGUUUCUUUGUCUAUGUCCAAUCAUGUUUAGAGAUUUAAAAUCCUUGAUUAGUUGCUGUAUUUCAGUCAUAAAUCUAUUUUCGUUAUAGAUCCAUCACGUCUUCACUACAGAAAUAUAAACAAAUUGUGCACUUCAUUGGAAUUAAUAACUAAUAUAUUGUUUAUCCAUAAACAUUGUACUGCUGGAUGGACAGUUGUGGCAAACUUGAAAACACUGUAUUUUUAUGCACUUAAUUUUUAUCUUCAAAUUGUCAGUGUUUAAAACUGAAAGUAUGGUUUGGAAAAACAUAAAUCGUCUUGUCAGAUAAACCUUUAUAAGUUUUGAAGAUGAAAUAUUAUGUUUUAUUGAGUCUGUCUCACAUAUCAAAGACUGACUCUCUGCUGGAAAAAAACGACUUGUGCCCGUUUACAAACUCUCAGCAGAGACUCUAUGAACUAUGAGAAAAUAAUGAACUUUAACAUGUUAGAUAGUAAAGUGAACUGAUGUAGCUGAACAGAUUGUUAGCACUGAAUCUUUUGUAUUUCUUUUUUCUACUUGGUUGCAGCCAAUAAAAGAGUUUGAAUAUGUCGCAUAAA